CUGCUUUUUACAGUGUAUUGUUUUGAUGACAUUCACGUGUUUCCCGGUGCUUCUCGCUCAUUGUUUUUCAUCCUAAAAAAGCUAGAAUUUGCUUGAAUUAGUGUUUGAAUAUGGAGUUAUCCACUAAUAAAGUGUUCCUGAGGAAGACAAAGCGUGGAAAGAUCCUGAAGAUUGUCCGGGAGCAUUACCUCAGAAAUGAUAUCUAUUGCGGUUCAGAAGCAUGUGAAAUCUGCCCUCAAAUGUCCCAUGAUAAAAUCCUCUCCUCCUGCCCCAAGACCCAGAGUAGCUGUGUCAAUUUUCCGCACUACAUUGUUCCGGACACAAAUGUUGUCCUGGAUCAGAUUGAUGUGCUCCAGGAAAGUGUCCUGUGUGACAUUGUAGUGCCUGGGAUUGUGCUUGAGGAGGUGAAGAACAAGAGCUCUUCGGUGUACAAGAGAUUCCGGGAGUUGUUCUCAAAUUCUGGUAGGAGGAUUUACACAUUUGUCAAUGAGCAUCACAAAGAUACUUUUGUGGAGCGUCAGGCUGGUGAGACAGUCAAUGAUCGCAAUGAUCGGGCUAUUAGGAGGGCAAUUGAGUGGUACAAUGACCACCUGGAGCAGAGUCAGAAGGGGAAGAAAGGGGAGAAGCAGAUUAAAGUGAUUCUGUUGACUAAUGACGCUGAUAACUUGAGGAAAGCCCAGGAAAUGGGCAUUGUAGCCCUAACGAUCGAAGAGUAUGUGAAAUCUCUGAAGGAUCACCCGGAAUUGCUAGAUAAACUGGCUAAGAAAUUUGAGGACACAGAUGGGAACAAACCAGAUCUGUUCCCUCUGCAUCUGUCUCCCAGUCAAAUCCACGAAGGAGUCUGCAGCGGGAAGCUGCUCCGGGGAUCCUUCCAAAGAUCAAGAGAGAAUUACCUUGAGGGAUUUGUUAAUGUGGAAAAUAUGGACAAGUCCAUUCUGCUUCAAGGACGAGAAUCCCUCAAUCGAGCAGUUGACGGAGAUCUUGUAGCCGUCGAGCUCUUUCCGGAGGAUAAAUGGUCAGCUCCAUGCGGAGUGAUCAUCCAAGAUGACGCUGAAGAUCCCGGGGAUGUUGUAGAAGAUGAAACUGGGCUGCUCAAAAGCCCUAAAGAAGUCGAAAAGGUUCCAACGGGAAGAAUUGUGGGCAUUAUCCGGAGAAAAUGGAGACAGUACUGCGGAAUUCUUCAGCCCAGCUUGCUCCCAGGAGCCAUUAGACACCUUUUCAUCCCGGCUGAGAGCAAAAUCCCCAAGAUUCGCAUUGAAACGCGGCAGGCGGAGAAGCUAGCCAGUCAGAGAAUUAUCGUGGCAAUUGAUCAGUGGCCAAGAUACUCAAGGUACCCUUUGGGGCACUUUGUCAGAGCCCUAGGGCCCCUUGGGGACAAAAACACAGAGAAUGAGGUGAUUCUCCUCGAGCACGACAUUCCGCACAGCAAUUUCUCCGAAGAAGUCCUGAGCUUUCUGCCCAAGAUGCCCUGGACAAUAACUGACGCGGAUGUGGAGAAACGGGUGGAUUUGAGGGGGAUUACGAUCAGUUCUGUAGAUCCUCCGGGAUGUACAGAUAUCGAUGAUGCGCUGCACGCUAGGAGGAUAUCUGAGGAUAGGGUUGAAGUGGGUGUUCACAUUGCGGAUGUGUCGCAUUUUAUAAAGCCAGGGAAUGCUCUGGACAGAGAAGCUUCCCUAAGGGCUACCACGGUUUAUUUGGUAGAGAAGAGAAUUGAUAUGGUUCCGGAACUUUUGAGUUCCAAUCUGUGUUCCCUCAGGGGAGGAGUUGAGAGAUUUGCUUUCUCGUGUGUCUGGCAGUUGGACAAUGAAGCAAAUAUCGUUGAGACGAAGUUUUUCAAGAGUAUCAUAAAAUCAAAGGCGGCCUUGACUUAUGAGGAGGCUCAGUUGAUUAUUGAUGAUAGCUCGAAGAAAGAUGAUUUGGCCCUAUCACUGAGGGAACUCAAUAGAUUGGCCAAGAUCCUCAAGAAGAGGAGAAUUGACAAUGGAGCUCUGGUUCUGGCAUCUCCACAAAUUCGUUUCCUGGUUGACAGUGAAACUCAUGAUCCAAUUGACGUUGAGGCUAAGAAGAGCCUGGAAACCAAUUCAAUGGUGGAGGAAUUUAUGUUGCUGGCCAAUAUUUCGGUGGCUGAGAAGAUUGAGAGGGAAUUUCCGGAAUUUGCAAUGCUAAGGCGUCAUCCGAAACCGUCCCAGACGAACCUAGAGACCCUGGUGAAGGCUGGUGAGAAUCAAGGGUUCAAGAUAAAUACGAAUUCAGGGAAGGAAUUGGCCACAUCGCUCGAUGAAGCGAUCAAGAAGGACAAUCCCUAUUUUAACACAAUGCUAAGGAUCAUUGCCACAAGAUGCAUGAACCAGGCUGUCUACUUUAUUAGCGGAACGCUCCAAAAGGAGGAAUUUGCUCACUAUGGGCUUGCAGUUCCCAUUUACACUCACUUCACCUCGCCAAUUCGUCGAUAUGCCGACGUGAUUGUUCACAGACUCCUGGCGGCUUGUAUUGGAGCCGAUGGGACAUAUGCUGAGCUCCUGGACAAGCAUUCCACGUCGGAACUCUGCAAGAACCUCAACUACCGCAAUCGCAUGGCUCAGUACGCAGGAAGAGCUUCUGUAGCCCUAAACACUCAUUUAUUCUUCCGUGGUAAGGCUCAAGAGGAAGAGGGAUAUGUUUUGCUGGUGCGAAAGAAUGCCCUGCAAAUUAUUAUUCCCAAAUUUGGCCUCGAGGGCACCAUCUACGUCAAAGACAAGGCAGGAAGGAAUAAAACAGCUGCCAAUUUCACCUACGACGAACACAAUCAAACUCUUCAAUGUGGAAAGAUUAUUUUCCAUGCCUUCGAUCCAGUCACAGUUCGCCUCAGUCUGGACACUACCAAUGUUCAGCAUGAGAAGCUUGUCUUUGACCUGGUGAAGCCACAAAUCGAGGGAUUCAAUGUUCCCGUCAAGGAAGCCGAGAAGCGAAAGGAACCUCCAACAGAAGGAAAAAAGAAGACCAAGAAGGGCAAGAAAUAAAGACACACAGUGACGAUGUACCAUCAAGUGCUGCUACUGCUCCUUGUGGCCCUUGUGGUCGUGCAAACAUCCCCCGUUCCCCAGCUAUGCGAUCCCACCAUCGUGGAGGACCUGCCACCGAACAUAAAGAAGGUGUGUAAAGUCCUGGAGGAUUCAAAUCACUUCUCCAACCUACUCAGCGCCUACCUACGUGGAGAAACAUCUGCUCUCAUGUUCAGGCCCGAGGAUCUCGCCUCCCUGUCAUCCUCACAAUUGGGCGGCAAGAGGACAGAUGUUGAUCACAUAUUUCUGCGAUUCGGUCGACGUCGUUAAGCACUCCCCGGAACCCUCCACCCUCCUUGCCUUCUUCCCCAAAAAUCCCUGAAGAUCCCCCCACGAUUAUUUCCCCCAAAAAUUCACUGUCCAAGAGACAGCAGAGUUAGUGGUAGAGAUGGCUGCAAACCUUUUCUCUGAGAUACAUUUUGCAACUCUUCAGCAUGCAAUCCCUCUAUUUUGUACAUAUAGAAACAUCUGUGCUGCAUUAUAAAAUUCACAAAUGUAUUCGUACAGGAGAUUACACCUUCAAAAUAAUGUAAUGUUUAUCGAUAUAAAAAAAUAAAAAUAAAUAUUUAACUCUUGAUGGUUA